AUGAUUUUACGGUAUAUAACGUUUAUUUUAGCAGCGGCAUUCCUGCCAUUCACAUCUCUGGCCUCAGAGCUAAAUACAACAGAGGCCAAGCCACAUCAUCACCAUACAAAUAACUGGGCUGUGCUUGUGUCGACAUCGCGCUUUUGGUUCAACUACAGGCACAUGGCCAAUACGUUAAGUAUGUACCGAACGGUGAAAAGACUUGGAAUUCCGGAUUCACAAAUUAUCUUGAUGCUUUCGGAUGACAUAGCAUGUAACCCAAGGAAUGCAUUUCCUGGAGAGGUGUUCAACAACAAGGACAGACAGAUUGAACUAUACGGUGAUAAUGUGAAGGUUGAUUAUCGAGGUUACGAAGUGACGGUUGAAAACUUUGUGAGACUUUUAACUGAUAGGUGGCCUAAAGAGCAUCCUAAAUCGAAGAGAUUGCUCACGGAUGAGAAUUCUAACAUCUUUAUAUACAUGACUGGGCACGGGGGAGCUGAUUUCUUGAAGUUUCAAGAUGCUGAAGAGAUUGCAUCGCAAGAUCUUGCGGAUGCUUUUGAGCAAAUGCACGAAAAGAGAAGAUACAACGAGAUUCUUUUCAUGAUUGACACAUGUCAGGCAAACACAAUGUUCAGCAAGAUAUACUCUCCAAAUAUCAUGGCAAUUGGAUCGUCAGAACUUCAUGAAAGUUCAUAUUCUCAUCAUUCUGAUACUGAGAUUGGUGUUGCCGUUAUCGACAGAUUCACAUACUACAAUUUGGAAUUCCUUGAAAACAUCACCAGAAACUCACCGCUCACAAUGCAGGACUUGGUUGAUUCGUACACUCUUGAAAAAAUACAUUCUAAUGCAGGUGUUCGCACAGAUUUGUUUGAUCGUGAUCUUUCUGAUGUUCUCAUCACCGAUUUCUUUGGCAAUGUUCAAAAAACCGUUGUUGACGAUGUGGAGAGGGACCUUCUUUACAUAGGAAAUCAAGAUUCUCCUUCUGCAGAUGCCGAACAGUCGAAAGAGGGACAAGUUAAGGAAGCAGAUGAGAAAAUUUCUCCACUCUCGAAUCUCAAUUUAGAGAGAAGUGGAAUUAACGCUUCGUCGGGCGCCGAGAAUAUUGAUGCUGAUGCAAAUAUCAUCAGAUUUAAUAAAGAUGAUCAAUCUUUCGAACACGGUCUCAAAGUUUUUGCGGUUCUUGCAUCGACCGUUUUGUUUGCCGUGUAUACGACAAAAUAUCUAUAA